AGCCCGCGACGCUCCGCGCCGUCACCCCCGCCUCUCCCUCCUUCCAUCCGCCCCGCCGCCCGCCCGCCUCCGGAGCCGCAGCCAGCCCUGCCCUGCCUUCGCCGAGCGAUUAUCAAGUGCCUCCAUUCUGAAAGCCUUCCUUAUAAAGUCCAGUUUGGACAACAGUGGCUGAGAUGCAGCAGACAGCUGGGGAAGAAGAUGUCAUACGACCUGCCACGGAUGAGGUUCAAGUGCCCCUUCUGCACCCACGUGGUUAAACGGAAAGCAGACCUGAAGCGACACCUUCGCUGCCACACAGGAGAGCGGCCGUAUCCAUGCGAAGCCUGCGGGAAAAGAUUCAGUCGGCUGGACCACUUGAGCAGCCACUUUCGGACGAUCCAUCAAGCAUGCAAACCCAUCUGCAGAAAGUGCAAGCGUCACGUCACCGAAAUGACAGGCCAGGUGGUCCAGGAAGGGACAAGGCGCUACAGACUUUGCAACGAGUGCCUCUCUGAAGCUGGGAUCGACAGCAUCCGCAUUGAUUUGGACACAGAACCGCCCCCGGAGUUUCCCCUGGAAGAGGACAAAGAUUCCAACUGGAAUUACAGCGAAGACAAUAGAUCUGAUGUGGAGAUUGUAGAGGACGGCUCAUCUGAUCUGGUUAUCCAGCAAGUGGAUGAUAGCGACGAUGAAGCCGAGGAAAAAGAUGUAAAGCCCAAUAUCAGGUAGGUAUGAAGGACUGAUCCUGAAUAGAGCCUCCCCCCUCCUCCUGUUACGUUAUAUCAUUCCUUGUCUUGAGCGUUGACGUCCAGCCUGCCUGCCGGCCCAGGGUUCAAAUGCACUCUGCUCUGAAGGCUUUCCCUGGCUUGGGGUCAACUGCAUGCAGUGACGGACAUGCCGUUAUGUCUCUUCUGAAUUUAACUACUCCCAAGUAUCCCAAGCCUUCGUUUCAAGAUAGCGUGAUGUAUGAACAAUGAUUUGCAAACGACAACCAUUAUAACUUUUGAUAAUAUAAAAUUGUCCUUUUAAUCCUUUUACAAAAUUGGAAGCCCUUCAAAAUAAAAGUGAACAACUUCAUAGUAAUUCAGUUACUGAAUUAUUUUUUUUGCAAGUAUUUAACUAUAAACACCAAGAUGAAAAGGUUUAGCAGUGUUUCAGCCACGGAGAGUAACCUCAGCCCUGUGUUUUCUUGUAAACACGGUCAGUAGAUCCAAAGGAAUGUAGUAAGUGGACAGCAAUUCAUAAUCCUUCACCAAGCAUGCACCUUCUCCAAACCAUCGUUUGUUUAUUAAAAACAGUUAAGUUUUCAAAACCAGUUUUUGAUUCCCAAAUCCGUUUUCGGUGAACCCUUUUGGCAGGCCUUGCAAUUGGUAGAACAACUGACACUUUUCAACACACAGGUGGUAGUGCAGCUCAUGAGACAUGUGUUCACACAUGUUCACUUCCUUGACCUUAUGGAAAUGUUACACUGCACCAACUUAUGGGGUUGUGAAAGGUAAUAACUUGUAUUUUCUCAUUUAUCCCAAUGCUCUUCGGUGACAUACGUCAUUACGAUUACUUCACCUGAAUUUACAGGAUAUGUUUUGCAGUUUCUUUUUUCCA